AUGUCUCACUUUCCAUUGCCAAAUGUGAAGCGGUCGACACUGAUAAUAAUAAUCAUAGUUCAUGGAAACGCCGCGAACCUUGGUUCAGGCUAUCGUCCGGGCAUCUACCGCAACUUCCUAUCAAUGUCAACACCAUCUCAACCCGUCCACGUGAUAGCGUUCGAUUAUAGGGGAUUCGGAAUCUCUACCGGUACGCCUACCGAAGAGGGCUUGAUCACGGAUGCAUUAACCGUCAUAAAUUACCUUACCUCACCCCCUCUUUCAAUCCCUUCAUCCCGGAUUGCAGUCGCAGGUGAGAGCCUUGGAACAGCCGUCGCCGCCGGACUUGCGGAACGGCUUGCUUUUAGCGACGUCUCUCCUGUCAAGUCACUUGCUGGAUUCAUGCUCGUCGCCCCAUUUUCAAACAUUCCCAAACUCCUGGAGAGUUACUGCAUCAUGGGAAUACUUCCGCCAAUCCUCUCGCCAUUGAUGGGAUACCCCCAAUACCAGAAAUAUGUUCUUGAGCACGUCAUUGACAACUGGGAUACUGCGUCACGCCUCGCAAGGCUAACCGGAAUAUUGUCCAAAUCUGACUCUGAUGAGAAGUACAACAAUAAGGACUUCCGUCUCACAAUUUUGCACGCUGCAAAUGACCCUGAUAUUCCCUGGCGCGAAGGCAAGAGGACAUGGGAAGCAGCUGUUGGAGGAGAGCAAGCCUCCCUGCUAGGGACUUUCGUCGAGGAAUCAGCUCCUCAUGAGAAUGCCACUGAAGUCAAGGUUUGGGAACGAAGGGUGGGAUCUGGAUUGAAAACAGUGAGAUGGGAAAAAAUACGAUAUGGAGGGCAUAACGAAAAUAGCCAGCCUUAG